GAUUAAAAUUCCAAUGGUGAAAAAUACAAUUUCUAUAAUGGUUUAUUUAUUUAAAAAUACAUUUGUGUCUGCACUAUAGCAAUUAUCUGAUAUCUGCACUAUAGAAGAAAAAGAGAAUUAGUAAAAAAAUGGCCAUAAAAGAAGGCAAACAAUUUUUCAAUUCCAAGAUGUCCGGAACAACAUCAAGUGGAUACAACAAAAAAGUGUUUUUUUUUUGCGUUAAAUUAUUUUUGAUUGCCAAAAACUACUACCAGGAUGGGACAACACUCGUACCAAGAAGUGAGCACAACUACGAUACAAUAAAAUAAGGAUUACAAUGUAUCCUACAAAACGGGUAAUACUAAAUUGUGUCCCAAUACACUUUCGUUCAAAUGACUACAUCUUCAUUUAAUGCUAGAUUCCUUAGCCGCACAUGUUUGCGCAGUUGAUUGACAAACGGUGGUGUUAAGUUUCUAACUAAACUACGCUUCAUUUCCAUCCAAAAGCAUGGACAUCGUGAUGUACAUCGAACGCAUCGCGUAUAUGGCCAGUUAUUGGGUCGCGCUAGAAACGGGUGCACUUUCGCUUAUGCCGCCGAAACCCAUAUGGGUCAGACAUCCUCUUCCUCCAUAGCGAUAAGAUGAAGAACGUUUCCGUUGACCGUACGUCAGUGUACACGGCCAGUUAAACUUUCUAUUGGUUUCAUGACACUUCCAGCUCCUACCACCACCACAACUGGCCACACUUUUUUGCUAACGGAAAAAACGACACUGUAUCGCGGGUCGAGCACAAGAACUGGAGCAUGCAAACUUAGCUUAGAAGAAGAACGUAGCUACUUUAGCAUCGAUUAGCGCCUCUCACCUUCAAAAUCGGGUCAUCUCACAUCCCCACAACCGGGCGUGAGAAGAAAAAAAAACAUACGAUCCUGCACUAUAUGGCCCACAUUCAACGAGCCAGAAAAUAUUUGUCACGUUUCCGACUGGGCCGAUCGGCCGAUGGCAACGCGGUUUUGGGGUUGGUGGGCCGGAAAAUGCUCACGAACAAUUCGAACCUUCGAUCGCUGCAAGGAACGAUUACUGUGUUUACACCAGACGGUUCAUGUUCAUUUCAUCUGAAGAUGACUUCGCGAUAAGACGUUCCUUGUUACUGGCCGGAUGUAAUGAGUGAAUAAAAUUGUUCAGUGUAUACUUUGUAAGACAAUCGUAGCCGAGCCAGUGGCUUGUGGGGCUAGGGACUGUGUGUGUGUGUUUAAGAAAAAGGUGAAAAUUACAAGUAGCUAAAACAGUUCGGCAGACAGGACAAUUCAUGAGGUCCACCAUGGGUUACAUCAGACGCACCGUGGUUUUAGUGGUGUUUAUACAGCUGUUCGGUCAUAGUCAACCGAAAACGAUCGCUUACAGUUCAUACACGAGCGAUCCUUAUCCAUCCGAAACCCAGCAACAUAAUGCCACACAGCAGCACCAAAUUGCUAGUGUUACGCAGCAAGAUGCUAGUGAAUCAUCCGGUCGAGGGUUUUCCAGUGCAGGCAGUGGACCCAGCUUCCCCUACUCCAUACAUCCCGAUUUCCUGUCGAAACCCGUGCAAGUGCCACGGCCGAAUGCUGGGUACAAAACGCCCAAGUACAUUGUCUAUCCGAGCUAUUCGAAAAACAGUCCCAACUCCGUACCAUACUACAACGCUCCAGUAGCAAUGGAUCGAUUUGCACCCGGAGAAGCAUACGGUGGUACCAUCUACAAACUGAAAAAGCAAAAACAAACCAUCCAAUCCGCACCAUUUGCAUCGAUUCCGGCAGCGUCAUUUAACAGCCCGGUUAGUGUACCUUCACCGGGCGGUCUACGACCGGCCGCUUCGGAUAACGCUCCCGUCAGUGUGCUGGCACCACCGGGCGCACCAUCAGCAAACGGUCCGUCACCACCGGCGUCGCCUGGAAUGCAAGGCCCACCAAUCUUUAUGCCUACGCCCGUACCGAACUCUGGUGAGGAUUCAUCGUCAUCAUCUCGCUCUACCGAACCGCCGAACUCGAAUUCGAUGAUGGAUUCCUCCGAACUUAUCCUAUCCCCACCAAACUCCCACUCGGGCUAUUUGCCGCCGGCAAACAAAGCGCAAGAUAUGAAAAGUCCCGCCACGAAAAACCCUCCAAAAUUAGUCGCCGACAGCCCAUCGAAUGAAUGGUACCAAUUCCCACCCAACACCAAUGCAAGCUAUCUGCCACCUUCAUCCGAACGGUCCAAACAUCCUGUAACUAGCUAUUUGCCACCACCUUCGGGUGAUAUCACCGUACCGGUUGUGAAUGCUAACACCAACCAGACGGAUUAUAAAGGUUCUGCCGAACUGUUUAAAUUUCCACCCAAUAUAAACGCCGACUAUCUUCCACCGUCGGACGAAGACUCGUCAGAGCACAUGGGUACGAGCUACGGGGCGCCUCCUUCAGGUGAUCCUAGUGCACCUUCAAAUUUGAAACCGGUCAUUAGCACAGACGGAAUCAAUCCGGCAAUUUCGCUUGAACCGAACAUACUUCAUAGAUUUCCUCCCAACACGCAGUCUGGCUAUUUGCCACCGGAUGGAAAGAUUUUGCCAACGUAUUCAGCUACUAGCUAUAUUCCGCCACCGUCCGGUGAUCCACAAGCACCAAACAAUUUGAAGCCAUUGCAAAUGGCAACCCUGACACCAAACAAUCCGCCACACAAACCUUCCUCAGGAGAUACUUUCAAAUUUCCACCCAACAUACAUUCCGACUACCUUCCACCGGUGGGGAAAGAAUCUCCAAAAUUGUCCGUUACUAGUUACCUUCCACCACCGUCGGGCAAUCCUUAUUCUCCCGCUAAUUUGAGUCCUCCCAAAGCUCCACCGUCCAUGCAAGCAUACGUGCCGCCGGUGGAUUUGUAUAAAUUUCCACCAAAUGUGCAAUCGCAAUAUCUGCCUCCCACGAAUAAUCCCCCAAGACAGAACAACGCUGUGACCAGCUAUCUUCCUCCUGCUUCCGGCAUUCCAGGUGACGAUGCCAUCGGUACCAUAUCGGUUGGUCCGGGCAAACCACAGUAUUUGCCCCCAAGUUAUACUGGUGAGUACGGAGUUUAUGGAUUAGAUAAUGGACCACCAAUACAGUCAGCACCACCACAACCACCACCACCGAUGGCAAUGAUGCCAAACAAAAUGCCUCCAAUGUCAAUGGCGAUGAUGCAAGCGAUGGCUGGACCACCUACAGGACCAUCCGGAAUGGAUUCAGAUUACGAUCAUCAUCAUGAUCACUCGCACGAUCAUCAUCACCAUGAUCAUGAUUUCCCGUACUUGUCCGGCUUUGACCAUGAUCACUAUCCGGAUAUUAUUUUCGACCACGAUCACGACCAUCACCAUCAUGAUGAACCGACGACGCCACCGGCUCCUCCACCACCGCCACCACCACCGGAAACGCCUAGGCUCAAAAACUACAGCUACUACUACCUGAGUCGUACGCUCUGGUAUGUGCCACUGUACUUCACGCUGUACUUUACGGUCUACGUAGCCAUUUUGAUCAUACGCUCCAUAGCUCGACACAAGGUUAACCUACCGAAUCAAUGGGUCGGCAAUGGACGAUCAUUCAGCAGCAUACGUGACCUGAGUGAUAAGGAAGCGCAGCAAAAGGCAACCAUGAUGGCAACGUUCGCAAUGAAACAGAUUGAAGAUUUUAGAGAAAAAUAUUUGUAACCGUACCGGACCAACAAAGCUUACUAUUGGACGCUAGACAUACUCACCGUACCGAUCAGGGAGGGAAUGUUUAUUGAUCAAUGGAUAAUAUGUAAUUCUCAAUUAUUGAAAAUAAAAUUAUUCAUUACAAACUGUUAGUUAAGUGGUCUUAUUCUUGCGCUUCAUAAAAGUUAAAACUGGGAACAGGACUAUGAGGAUUGUCGUCUUUUAAUCGUAAAUCGCGGAUCUCGUCGUCACCCCAGUUCGA